CGUGUUUUAGUGGCUUGUUGCGGGCAUUCAAGCAACAUGACGCGUUUCAAUUCACUUGGUCUCUCUGUCUCUCUUUUUCUUUUUUAAGUCUGAUGAGUUUAACCAAAGCGGAUCCUAAUAAACAAGGCUGGGAAGACUCUGAAUUUCCUAUUGUUUGUGAAACUUGUUUGGGUGAAAACCCCUAUGUUCGCAUGACAAAACAACCUUAUGGAAAAGAAUGCAAAAUUUGUCAACGACCUUAUACUGUAUUUCGUUGGUUGCCUGGUACGAAUGCAAGAUACAAAAAGACAGAGAUUUGUCAAACAUGUGCUAAAGUGAAGCAUGUCUGUCAGACUUGUAUUUUAGAUUUACAAUAUGGUUUACCUGUUGAAGUAAGAGACAAAGCACUUAGUUUAGAAUCCACAGCACCUUCUACAGAUAUCAACCGACAAUAUUUUGCACAAAACUUGGCGAAUAAGGUAGAGGAAGGCAAUGGAGAAGAGGGCAUUUAUGAUGCUACUCGAUUAACACCUGAAAGUCGAGACAUUCUAAGUAAAUUGGCUAGAAGUGAACCCUAUUAUAAACGCAACAGAGCUCAUCUAUGUUCAUUCUAUGUGAAAGGAGAAUGUAAGCGUGGUGAUGGGUGUCCUUAUCGACAUGAAAAACCAACAGAGGGUGAUACACCUAAACAGAAUAUCAGGGAUCGUUACCAUGGUACGAAUGAUCCAGUGGCCAGUAAACUAUUAAACCGUGCUCGCGGUCAUGGCUUAACACCACCUGAAGACCAAAAUAUUACCUCUUUAUUCGUGACAGGUGUUGAGCCUGAUAUUCAACAAGAAGAUCUUAGAGGCUUCUUUUAUGUCUUUGGUGAUAUCAAAUCCAUUGUGAUGGCUCCCAAGACAAAAUGUGCUUUUGUUAAUUUCACGACUCGAGCAUCAGCAGAAUUAGCAGCAGAAAAGAUAGCACAAGUGGGAUUGAAUAUCAAUGAGCAUGCACUCCGUGUUGUCUGGGCAAGACCCAAGCCUCAGCAAUCCAUUACUGCUGAUAAAAAGUCAAGUAAGUUUUUUCUGAGAGAGAAGUUUUCUCUAAUCUGUCUAUAGGAACCAUGGAUUUAAGCACGGCUCAACCUCCUCCUCCUCCUUCCAUGACUGCUAAACAGAAAUAUCCCAGUCAAAACCCAUCUGCUCAAGGUUCAUCUACUUGAGUCUGUUUGUGUAAUCUGCCAAGAUUCCAUUUAAAUUCAUUAUUUUUUAUACUCCCUUUUUUUUUAUUUUCUUUA